GUUGGAAGAUUCUGAAAGUCAGAUGUCAGUAGCCUAGCUUCGUUGAAGAAGGAUUCGUCAUCACAUCAUUGAUCUCUCGACCUAAACGAUCUUGCUAUGAGCACCAAGCCAAAGAGCCACAAAGGUAUGGGGGAUGGGGAGUGGAUGGCAAGGCUUAAGGCAUUUGCCAGCACUGGGGUUUGGCCUUCCAAUGCAGGGAAUAGACCAGCCCCAAGGCAGAAGAAAUGGCAUGAUAUCUAUCAGAAGAUAGAAAAAUGCCCCAUGCAAGUUCGGGGACAGACCACCCUUUUUGGAGCGUCUGUCACUUGUGACUGUGGCUUUCACACUGUUAAACCUGCACUGCAGCCUCCUUCUGCACCUCCUUCUUUGACCCCACAGUCUGUGGGUUCACAAUCUAAUUCUGGAGAUACAGCAACAGCCACCCGCUGUUUCCUGAGGUCCCCUCCAUCUUUGUCAAGGUUCACUAAGUCCUAUUUUGGGGGUUCUCUUUCGGAUUCAGUGAAGCCAAACUUGGUGGCCCGGAAGACACCGAGUCCCUCUCCAUCCUCUGUGAGGAGCCCAAGUCCCUCUCCAUCCUCUGUGAGGAGCCCAAGUCCCUCUCCAUCCUCUGUGAGGAGCCCAAGUCCCUUUCCAUCCUCCGUGAGGAGCCCAAGUCCUUCUCCAUCCUCUGUGAGGAGCCCAAGUCCCUCUCCAUCCUCUGUGAGGAGCCCAAGUCCCUUUCCAUCCUCCGUGAGGAGCCCAAGUCCUUCUCCAUCCUCUGUGAGGAGCCCUAGUGUUGCUCCAUCCUCCCAGACACACUCCGGCAAGACAGUUGCAUCUGAACAGCCUUCAACGUCUCUGUUACAACCAGCUGCAGGUGAUAAUGCAGCUUCUUUCUGGUUGCCGAGUGAGAUGAGGAAAACCAUCCCUGUGCAGGAUCAAAGAUGGAUCUCAAAUACCCUCUUUAAAUCUGGCAAACUGCGCCCAGAUUUAAAGCUGUGGUACGAGCCUCCUGCGCCGGCCCUCAUUUACCAUCAGGUGCCAACACCUGAGAGGUUUUUUUCACAUCGGCUCCUCGUAUGGAUGCCCUACCAUCAGUGGAAGGUCAGGGUGUUCUGCAAAACUUGUGGGAAUCAUCUUACAGGUGCUGGCAUCCACAAGAGGGCUCGGAAAGUCCUGGAUAUUGAUAGGUAUUACCUCCUUGUGACGGAGACACUCAGGUGCAGCGGGUGUAAUCUCACGUAUCUAUCAACAUCCCAGAGCAUCCGAGACCAGCUGGACUUGCCGCACCAGAAACUAUUUCGGCUCAUCCUCACCCAAAAGUAUGCUUGUGACAUACGAGUGAUCAGGCUGAUGAGAGACAGGACACAGGGCAACAGUUCAGCACGGCUGCUGAAGCAGCUGAAAGAAAACCACGGGGAGGAGUGGCUGAACAGGUUGGGGCACUAUCUGGAGGAGUGCGCUAACUUUGUAAAUAGACCCAGCCUUUUCCCUGUGGUGUGCCAGGAGCCCCCAGAACCAGCUGACAUCCCACUGAUCGCUGAACACAUAAAAGCCAGCAUCACCUCCACCUUGGGGACAGUUCUGAAGCUGGACUCCACCAAAAAGAUCACCAAAAAGCUGGCUGGCCACAGCAAAGGAACGGCUCUGUGGGUGUCGUCAGUCAGCAAUGAGCUGGGCCAAAUAUUGAAUAGUGUCCUGACUGUCCAGGAGGGUCCAGGACUGGACAAAAUGGCUGCAGGACUGAUGGAGCGGUACCGCCAGGCUGGGGCUGCACCUCCAAAGGUGCUGUAUGUGGACUGUGGCUGCUGUGUUAGUGAAGGCCUCAGCAAGCUGCAGGCCAGGUUUGGAGGGUGGCCAGAUAUUUACAUUCGCCUGGACAUUUGGCACUUUAUGCGGAGGCUGGCUGUUGGUUGUACCACGGAUGCCCACCCUCUGUAUCCUGCUUUCAUGCGGGCACUGUCCUCCUGCAUUUUUGAGUGGGAUGCAGGGGACCUUGACCUUCUUCGACGAGCGAAAGAAAGGCAGCUCCAGCAGGAACAGAGGCCAGGUAUAACCAACACCAUGGUGGACAGGCAGAUAACCAAGAAGGAGUUGAGUAAUUUCUGUCGUAGGAGGACACGGGGAGAGGACAUCACUACUGUCCUUAUUGAACGACUGCUGGAGGAGCUGAAUGGUCCAAAAGGGAGAGAUUUGAUGGGGGUUCCCUUACUGGAUGAAGUGAGCUACUGGGCGUUGACUACCUUCUAA